AUGAAUGGAUUCACUCACCAAAGUGUGAUAGAUGAAUUUGAAGCAACAACAAAGGACACAGGGAAAGUUCAGAUUGAGACACUUCGAAAGAUUCUGGAAAAAAACAGUGAAACAGAGUACUUACAGAAAUUGGGCCUUAAUGGAAGAACUGACCUGGAGAGCUUUAAGGCCUGCGUGCCAUUGGCUACUCAUAAGGAUUUUGAUCCAUAUAUUCAAAGAAUUGCAGAUGGAGAUUUGUCACCCGUACUUACUGAGAAACCCAUAAAAUCAAUGUCAAUAAGUUCCGGUACUUCACAAGGGAAGCCAAAAUUCCUUCCAUUCAAUGAGGAAUACCUGAUAUCGACAAUGCGGAUGUUUCGUAUAUCCUUCGCUUUCAGAAACAGAGAAUUCCCUAUCAGAGUUGGAAAAGCCCUACAAUUUAUCUAUGGAAGUAAACAGUUCAAAACAAAAGGGGGUCUCACAGCUGCUUCAGCCUCCACAAAUCUAUACCUCACCUCUCAGUACAAGAUCACUAUGAAAGACAUCCACUCCCAAUCUUGUAGCCCUGAUGAAGUCAUAUUCAGUCCUGACUUUCACCAGUCCUUAUAUUGCCACCUCUUGUGUGGACUCAUCUACAGUCAGGAAGUUCAGAUCGUAUCGUCUGCUUUCGCAUUCAGCCUCAUUCAUGCAUUCCGAACGUUCGAGCAAGUCUGGGAAGAACUCUGUUGUGAUAUCAGAGAUGGAAUUCUCAGCAACAGAAUUACCGUUCCCUCGAUUCGGACAGCUCUGUCUAAAAUCCUUAAACCCAAUCCAGAACUGGCGGAUUCUAUUUACAAGAAAUGCUCAGGAUUGAGUAACUGGUAUGGAGUGAUUCCGGAGCUUUGGCCAAACGCCAAGUACGUCUAUGGGAUUAUGACCGGAUCGAUGGAGCCAUAUCUAAUGAAAUUGAGGCAUUACGCUGGGAGAUUGCCACUUGUGAGUGCGGGUUACGGGUCUUCAGAAGGAUGGAUUGGUGCGAAUAUCAAACCAUGGUUGCCUCCAGAGCUAGUGACAUUUACGGUAGUUCCGGAUAUUGGAUACUUUGAAUUCAUCCCAAUUAGAGAGAAAGUUGAGGAUCAUGAACUCGAAAAGACUGCAUCUAUUCUCAACUAUAUCGAAUCGGAGCCUAUUGGUCUAACAGAAGUAAAGGUUGGGGAAGAGUAUGAAAUUGUACUCACCAAUUUUUCAGGACUUUACAGGUACAGACUAGGAGAUGUGGUGAAAGUGACAGGAUUUCACAACUCGGCGCCGGAGCUUCAUUUCACAUGCCGUAGGAGUGUGCUCCUCACCAUUAACAUAGACAAGACCACAGAAAACGACCUGCAGUUAGCAGUAGAAGCAGCAACCAAGCUUUUGGCAGAAGAGAAGGUUGAAGUGAUCGACUACACGAGCAACGUAGACUCAUCGACAGACCCUAGUCACUAUGUAAUUUUCUGGGAGCUGAGUGGUAAUGUGAGUGAAGGGGUUCUGAAUGAAUGCUGCUGUUGCUUGGACCAAUCUUUUGUCGAUGCGGGUUACAUUCUUUCUCGAAAGGUUUGUGGAAUCGGGGCCCUUGAGCUUCGUGUGGUCCAGAAAGGAACCUUCCACAAGAUUCUAGAUCAUUACCUUAAACUUGGGGCUGCAGCAAGCCAGUUCAAGACGCCCCGCUGUAUAGGCGCUUUGAAUAGUGCUGUGUUACAGAUAUUGUGUGAUAACGUUGUUGAGAGCUAUUUCAGCACUGCAUUUGAUUGA